GGUCCAGACCAGUUCGAGUUCGCCAUCGACAUGAGACACUACACGGCAUUUGCGAUUCUCGCCCUAUCCGCCCUGGCGCUGACCGAGGCAGCUGUGUACAUAGGAGGCGGAUGCUACGACUGUAAUCCGCCUGGGGGCCAGGGUCCUGGCGUCUACACAGGAGUCAACGGAGGUGGAAGAGGAGGUGGAGGUGGCAACUAUUACGGUGGAGGCGGCGCACGUGGAGGUGGCGGUGGACUGGGAGGCGGCAGUGGACGCCCAGUCUACACAGGCAACUUCGGACCUGGAUAUGGCAAUGGCGGAGGUGGUGGUGGACGCAACGUAGGCGCGUCUUACGGAGGAGGCGGUGGUUACGAUGAUGAUCGCGGCUUUACCCAGGUUAUAAGUGGAUAAAUAAAAAGUCUGUAAACUUUUCUGGGUCUUUGGUCCGCAAAUGAGCAAAGUCUGCUGAUGUUAGGUUUUGUGUUUAUGUAAAAUAAAAUAAAACGAAAUGGCUUCUGCACGUGUGCAAAAAACAUACUUGUGCUAAGCAACAGAAAAGUAAAAA